UCUAAUUAUUUUUGCUGAAUUUUGUGACUUGUUGUGGAAUCGAGUGAUGUGUGUGCUAUCAUAAUUGUGCAAAUUCUGGGUGAUUGGGGACAUGCGUUGUUUGAUUUCAUGACAGAAUUUGAUUUGAUCAUUGUGCAAUGGGAGAAAUUGACAAGGGGAUACCUCAAGUCGGUAUGCGGUUCAGAAAUGUAGAUGAAGCUUGGGUGUUUUGGGUUGCAUAUGGGGGUCGUGCAGGGUUUGAUGUCAGGAAAAGAAACAAAAAUGUUAGCAAGUUUGAUGGUCAAACGACUUCAUGCAGAUUUGUUUGUUCCAAUGAGGGUCUUCGGAAAAAAAAGCAAAUAUUAGAUUAUGUGCCAAAGCGUUUUAGAGCUGAAACAAGAACGGAUUGCAAAGCUCGUAUGAUUAUAACAUUGGAUCGAAUGGCAGGAAAUUAUGAAAUCAUUGAUGUUGUGUUGGAACACAAUCACUAUCUUCAGUUGCCACAAACCUGCCACUUGAUGGCAUCACAAAGCAAAAUUACUGAAAUUCAAGCUUUUGACAUAGAGACUGCUGAGGAUUCUGGAAUUAUGCCAAAAGCUGCACAUGAGUUUGCUUGUCGUCAAGUUGGUGGACCACUUAACCUCGGCUACACUUGUCGUGACCAAAAGAAUCAUUUGCGAAGCAAGCGGCAGCGGGAGUUAGCUUUUGGACAGGCCGGUAGUAUGUUGAAGUAUUUCCAUGACAAAAUUGUUGAGAACCCAUCUUUCCAAUAUGCUUUGCAGUUGGAUUGUGAGGAGCAUAUAACCAACAUAUUCUGGGCUGAUGCUAAAAUGGUUCUUGACUAUGCACACUUUGGUGAUGUCGUGACAUUUGAUACUACUUUUGGCACAAACAAAGAAUAUAGGCCAUUUGGUAUGUUUCUUGGGCUCAAUCAGUUCAGAGAAACCACCAUUUUUGGAGCUGCACUACUAUUUGACGAAACAUGUGACUCAUUUACAUGGCUUUUUGAGACUUUUCUUGCUGCACAUAAUGGAAGACAACCUAGAACUAUUUAUACAGAUCAGGAUGUAGCAAUGGGAAAAGCUAUAGGGAAAGUCUUUACGGAAUCGUAUCAUGGAUUGUGCACCUUUCAUAUAAUGCAGAAUGUUGUCAAACAUUUAUGUCCAGUGAAGGGUGAAGGGAAAGAUGAAGGGAAAGAGAAAGAUGAGGGAGGAGAUGAAGAUGAAGAGUCUCAUAUCCUCACUGAUUUUAGUGAUUGUAUGUAUGGCUAUGAGGAAAAAGAAGAAUUUGAAGAAGCAUUUGACAAUAUGAGGCAAAAAGUGCGGAAGCAAACUUGGUUAGAUAGCAUCUACAAGUUGAAAGAAAAAUGGGUUAAAUGUUAUAUGAGAUAUGUGUUCAGUUUGGGAGUGAGAAGUACACAACUUAGUGAGAGUUUCAAUAAUUCAUUGAAAAACCAUCUAAAAUCAGAUUUCCAUAUUGUUCGGUUCUUGAUGCAUUUUGAGAGGACAGUGGAGGUAAAAAGAAGAGCAGAAUUGCAAUUUGAAUUUGAGUCAAGGAAGAAGUUACCAAGAAUCAAGAUGCACACACCUAUGUUGGUGCUAGCAAGCAAAGAGUACACUCCAAUUAUUUUUGAAGCUUUCCAAAGUGAAUAUGAAAGAUCCAUGGCUGCAUGCACUAGAGUAUUAGAUGGAAACUACAAAUUUGCUAUUGCUAUUGGGAGUUUGCAUGGUGAUUUAAAGUUUGAGGAGGAGCGCAUAGUGAUAGGUGAUCCUUUGACCCAAACAGUUUCUUGUAGUUGUGGAAUGUUCAACAGGACAGGAAUAUUGUGUGGACAUGGUAUCAAAGUUUUUGAUCUAAUGAAUAUAAAGACAUUGCCAAAACAUUACUACUUGAAGAGAUGGACUAGAGAAGCACGCAAUGGAAGCAUACUAGAUAGACAAGGAAGGAACGUGGUAGAAAAUCCAAAAUUGGAAGCUCAACUUCGGUACAAGAAUUUGUCUCACAAAUUCCACACAAUGGCAUAUAAAGUAGCCACUUCUCAAGAAUGUUGUUUGAUGUUAGAAAAUGCACUUGACAGUGUUCGUCCUCAACUAGAGGAUAAACUCAAUGCAACUACCAAUGCUACGAACAAGACAUGUAAUGAUCAAGAAAAUGUUGACCCAAAUCUUGAACUAACAAAUGAGUUUUUUAGUGCUGCGAAGCUCAAGAAAAAAGAAGUUCAAUCAAAAAAUUUAAGGAGAAAGAAAACUUGGUUUGACAAGUUACUCAAGGGGAGGCGGAAGCCAACUAAAGUUGCUGCAUCAAAAAAUAGAGGAGCAAAGCAACAAAAGAAAGAUGAUGGUGUAGAACCUCAAGUAGGAGUAGAAAAAGAUGACAAGUUCAAAGGGGCAAACCUGGAGCUUCAAGAGUGUGCUGACCUCAUUAGUUACACGCAGCUAUUGACAACUCCUAGUUGUGAUGAUUAUAUUUAUGACAAUGAUAUGUUUUCUAGCAUGUAGAGUCUCAAAUUGACUGGAGUAGCAUUUUGGACAGGGUUGAGUAUAGUAUUUUGGACAGGGUUGAGUAUAGUUUUUUGGAUAGGAUUGAGUA